UAAAAGUCUUGACAGGGAGAGAGAGAGAGUAGAGAGGACAAGGGGACAGAGGACAGAAGACAGAGGACAGAAACCAACAAGUGAAGAAGAAAAGAAACUCGUCCUUCAGUCAAAAGUCUGUGAGUUUCAUCAUCGACACAUUCAGAGGAAAGACGGACAUGUUGUGGAUCAGGAUGACUUCCUGUCUGUUCUCCUUCUUCUUCUUCCUCUCUUCGUUGCCCUCUAUCAUGGCCGCUGCUGAACCUGCUGGUUGUAAAAUACGUAUCACUGACAAAGGACUGGAGAUGUUGAAGUUUGAGACUCAGAAGUUUGUUGAAGAGGAGCUCAGUAACAUAAGUAUGCCAGAGAUGACCGGCAAAGAAGGACGCUUCCAAUACACCAUCACUGAUGUGAAGAUAAAAGAGUUGAAUUUGACUCAUGCUGACCUGCGGUUCAUCCCUGAAGUCGGUUUGUUGUUCGAUGUCCAGAACUCGUCGAUCUCACUGAGUUUCGAGCGACAGAUCCUCUACUGGUUCUUUUAUGACACAGGAAACAUCAACGCAUCAGCUGAGGGAGUAAACAUCAACACGGCUCUGAACCUGAUCAGAGAUGAUGAAGGACGACUGAAGAUCAAUAACAUCACCUGUGAUGCUAAAAUCAACAAAAUGAAGGCAAAGUUCAGUGGAACGCUGGGGAGAGUUUAUGACUUUCUGGCCAGAUUUCUGACGACAGGGAUGCGCUUCCUCCUCAACCAAAAGAUCUGUCCCGCUCUGAAUCACGCUGCUCUGGUCCAUGUUAACUCAUUGUUGGACACGAUUCCUGUGAGGACGGAAGUGGACGGGUACAUCGGGAUCGAUUAUUCCCUCAUUGAUGAUCCAGUGGUUUCAUCCCGGAGUCUGGACAUGCACUUCAGGGGGAUGUUCUUCGACCUGUCCCACGAGGACGCCCCGCUGGUGAACUACGCCGUGGACCCGGUCAUCAGGGAGUACGACCGCAUGGUUUAUCUGGCUCUGUCCGAGUUCUUUUUUGACAGCGGGAUGUUCUCCUACUACACGGCAGGAAUCUUUCAGAUGGACAUCGCCAACGAGAAGAUGCCCAAAGAUCUAGAGAUGCUGUUGAGAACCACGUACUUUGGAGCCAUCAUGAUGCUGAAUCCGGCUCUGGUGGACGCUCCAGUGUCUCUGCAGCUCGCAGUCAAUUCACCACCCAAAACAUCCAUCAAGACGUCAGGAGCGACUGUUGUCAUGACAGCGAUCGUCAAAGUGAUGGUGCUGCCUCCAGGUCAGCCUCCGGUCCAGCUGAGCAGCAUGACCAUGGAAACAAAGUUUAAUGCCAAAGUUUCCAUGAGAGGAAAACGUCUGGCGGUUCAUGCUGACCUCCGCAGGUUUAAAAUCUUCUCCAACCAGUCUGCCCUGGAGUCUCUGGCACUGAUUCCUCUGCAGGCUCCUCUGAAGACCAUGCUGCAGAUGUCUGUGGUUCCUCUGAUCAACAACUGGACCAAGAGAGGAGUUCGGAUCCCUCUGGCUGAUGGGAUAGAUUUCAUCGAGGAGGUAGUUGAAUAUCACAACGGGUUCAUUGUGAUUGGAGCAAAUCUUCACUUCAGCAAAGGACUGAGAGAAAUGAUGGCAGGAAACACAGACACAGAGUCAACCAUUAACAGCACCAGCACCACCAUCACCAACUGAAUGUUAAAUAUAUAAGACACUAACACAAUAAAUAAUUUUAUGUGACGAUUUAAACACAAUGGAUUGAUAUUAUAAGUUAUAUCCACUGUAUGUAAAGACAGAUGUACACUGAUGAGUCAAUCCUAAAAUACUCAAGUUACCAAAGUCCUGUAUAAAAUAUUUAUAUUUAUUCAGUGUACAGUGUAAACUGGCGGUGCUGAUGAUUAUUAUUACUUAUAAUUCUGUGAGCAUGACAUUAAAGCACUGAACCUAAAAA